AUGUAAAUCGACGAAGUUGUUUGGUAAAUUAUCAAUCGUUAAUAAUGCUCCUUUAAAGUCAAAACUGAAACUAGAAAUUUCUGCAGAAACGAAUAUAAUUUAACAGGUUUAUGUAAUCGUCAAGCUUGUCCUUUAGCCAAUUCCCAAUAUGCUACCAUAAAACACGAAAAGGGUAUUUGCUACCUCUACAUCAAAACUGUUGAACGUGCUCACUCUCCAGCAAAUAUGUGGGAAAAAAUUGAGCUUUCUAAAAACUACGAAAAGGCUCUUGCUCAAAUUGAAGAACAUCUUCCUUAUUGGUCCAACUUUAUUAUUCACAAGUGUAAAUAAAGAUUAACAAAGCUUAGAUAAAUGUUAAUCCGUAUCAGAAAGAUGAAAGUCAAAGGAUUCAAAGAAAUAGUACCUAUAAAGAAGAAAGCAGAAAGAAGAGAUAAAAUCAGAGAAACUAAAGCUUUACAAGCUGCUCACAUAGAAGAAUCUAUCGAAAAAGAAUUACUUGAUAGACUUAAAUCCAAUGUUUAUGAAGAUAUAUAUAAUACAUAUCCUAAAGCAUUUAAUAAAGUUAUGGAUAAUAAUGAAAUUUAUGAACAAGAAGAAGAAUAAGAUCAAGAUGAACUAUCUGAAGCUAACAUCAGUGAUGCUGAAUUAAUUUAUGAUGAAAAUGAUGAUGAUGAAGACGAUGAUGAUGAAGAAGGAGAAGAUGAUUUUGAUGACGAUGAAGAAGAUAUUGAGGAUUCCGAAGAAGAUGAAGAAGAAUAUGAUGACGAUGGUGAAGUAGCUACAAAAGAUAAUUCCCUUAACUAGAAAAGAAAGAAUAAAUAAAAAUCAAAUGAUUCUGAUGAGGAAGAUGAAGAUGAUGAAGAAAUUGCUAAGAGUAAAAAACCUGUAAAGAAAGGUAAAAAGAUAUAGCCUAAAGUUAGACUAGAAUACGAAAACGAAAAUAAUCUUAAAGAAAAAGCUACUAACGUAGAAGAAGAUUUAGAUUUUUGA